GCACCUCUCACUCCGCUACCAGCAUCUCUCCCGCCGCCAUGAGUCAACGACGUCUCCCAGGCCAUCACCGUCACCCGGGCCAUCACCGUCCAAACCAUCCUUCUUCCGGCGCUAUCGCAUCACCACGGUCAGUCUCGGUCUAGGACUCGGUCUGGUCCUCGGCGGCGUCGCCACAAACUUCAUCGCCCCCCCUCCUAUGCCCCAAGUCGGCACACACGAAGAUAAUGUGUUGAUUGCCGACCUGAACAAACGCAUCGACGAGGAGUUCAAGGUAAAGGUACUGCGAGGGAGAUGCUUGGGAGUUUCCAAACAGCUCAAAGGACAAGAAAGCGGAUGGGUCGAAAUCGUACCGCCGAUUAGUGCUCCUGGCGCUGAUGGGACCGCUGCUGGCGUGGGAGCUUUACUGCCAUUCCACGAUCGACUCAUCGAUGCUCUGCAAGGCGCGAAAGGGCUCGGCGUGGAACGAGUAUUUUGGGAUCGAGACGAUCAAAAGUUGGUCGCCAUUGUAUGGUUUGGCGGUGCGCUUUCUGGAUGGCCAGGCGUCACACACGGCGGCCUGCUGGCAACCGCUUUGGUGGAAAAGAUUGCUCUAGCAGGGAGUCUGGCAUCUGGAGGAGAUGGCGACAUCACCUCUGCCGCGAAACCUCAAAGGCUGCCUGGGACAGGGAAGCAUGCUACAUUACAGGCUGUCGAGGCUAUUCCUGAAGAGCCAGUGGAGUUGAGCAUGGAUUAUAUGAAGCCGACUUUUGCCAACAGCUUUUAUGUUAUACGUGUGCAGCCAGCGUGGACGAGCAAGGAUGAUGUGAGGCUGCCGGUGCAGGGACACGAGUACUUUGCUGUGUUGGAGACUAUGGACGGGAAGGCCUGCGUCAAGGCCACGGCAAAGUUCGCGCCGCGAUCUGAAUUGGAAAGGGUGGAAGAGAGUGUCAAGGAAGCUGUGAGCAGAUGGAGCUACCAGGAUUUCAAGAAGUGGAUGUGGCCAAGCAGGCAGGAGGAGACGCUGGCUGAGGCUGUAGUGUGAAAUGUCCCAAGCAGGAGUUGCGAAGAUGAAUCAAUACCUUAUCCAGUAAGCCCAUAGCUGGGCUGAAGCUGCAAGACUUCUCAGGCCAUGGCGAUUACCAACGACUGAUGCGAUGGAAACCGCGCGGAAAUGAGCAGUAUCCUCGUGGAACCAGAUGCAAACCAGCGAUAUCGCAUUGUAUGUCGACCCUAUCAAGCUUCAGUGAGGAUCCCAAUGCACAAGAGGACGGGAGCUUCCGACUUCCGAACAACAGUUACAUGCCGUGUAGUCGAGAGUACAUCCUAAGGUGCGCAUCGUUCUUUCCUUUCUUCAGUGGGGCCGGGAUCAUUUCGACCUUAUUUCGACCUCUAUCCCGUGCUGUCACGCAUAUGGUUGAAACGUCGAACAGAACUGGAGUUUCAGCACUACAUAUCCAUCUCCGCCUGCGAGGCAUUGCUACACUUGGCAAGGUGAUGUACUGUACAUACUCGAGAUACAUGUAUUCGGCAGGGUCAAAACACUGCGACCCAGAGGUAAGACGAGUGUCAGAGGUCGGGCCGCGUGGGAGGCUUCUCGCGACAAUUCCUCCCAUGCUUGAGACUGAGUCUGGCAUAUUCUCAUCAAACAAGUACUAUCGCAG